CUUAGUGUUUCCUUGACAACAAAAAACAACCUGUAUCGAGUGAGGCUGUUCUUCAUGUCGCCCAUUUGUGUUUGCCAAUGCUCAACGCAGUUGUUUGAAACAGUGUAGAGAAAGAAAAUGGUUAAAAACGUUCUGUGUAUUUGUCAGAUAUGCAACUGCGGACGACACCACUGUGUGCAUCGUCCACGAUCAGUUCCAGCCGACUCCACAAGAUGUUUGUUGACAGAAUAUCAUGAUACGUACAGAGAAUAUCCACUCUCUGGCAGGGCUAAACCAAUCAGGCCUGACAAUCGUACGAAGCUUAGCAAGGACCCAUUUAACAACAACACAACGUACAAAGAGAUUUAUGUACCUCACCAGUACAAACCGCCAAGUAAACCCGGUCAGGCAGCCUACGUUAAACCAACUGGAGAAAUGAACACGUCAUCGACCUAUCGAACUGAUUAUCUUAAAAAGCAGGCUGAAAAACCAAAGUUGGCAAAGCCCAACGUUAAGCCAGUUGCAAGUGGAUGUCCUUUUGAUGGAAGUACUGUUCACAAUCAAACAUACAAAGCCUGGGACAUUCCUAAGACAGAGAGUGUUCGACCCGCAAAUCAAGGCAUUCGGAGGUCAAGUGCGAAGUUUGACCACUGCACUACGGCGCAGCAUGAUUAUCCUGGAUAUUUUGGGAAACUUGCAAGAGAAACAGUGAAGCCCCCCGAGCCAUCUUUGAAAAGUGGGACAGGAGCAAUGUCAAGUGAAACAACUCAUCGCUUAGAUUUUGACAGAAAGGACGGCCAUCCUGAAAAGUCGGCCAAGCCCUUCCAAAAGGACAUUCGUCACCCAGGCCCUUUCGAUCACAAAACAACAAAUCAACAUGCAUUUACCUGGCCCGACGGUCUUCCUGCUGAAACUUGCAAGCCUUCUUUGGCAGCCUUCUCAUCACAGAAGCCAUUCGAAGGUGACACAACAUACAAAAAUACCUUCAAGAAAUGGGCAGUUGAACCAAUGGAUGCAUGGAAGCCCCAAGUGGCAUGGAAACCUCCUGCCGAAUCUUUUGAACAAACAACUACAUUUCGGCACGAUUACCAAGGUAAACAUGUGUCGAAAGCGAAGAGCGCACGCCCAGAAACUGUUCGUGUGGCGCCCGGAGACUUUGAUGGCUCAACAACACACAACGAAACUUACAAGCCCUGGGGGUACAGUCAACGAGAGACACUGAAACCAAGAGCAGGCUAUCGCCCUCCUACAGUCCCAUUUUACGGACAGACCACGCACCACAGUGACUUUAGGGGCGAACAAGCAAAAAAGCCGAUAUCUGUGCGCCAAAGGCCAGUGGAAUUCAAAUAUCUGGAGAUCAAGAAUUUUCAACCAAUUACAAUGAUGAUUACAGAAAAAAGAGGUUACCCCCUUGUCCAGCAAGGGAUCUUCACCCUGCAGAGUUGCAUCUUCGACGGAUGGUUACAAAUUCGCCAAGGACAAUAACGGACAUCAAUAUUUCUACCCUCCUAAUGCCAUGGGGAUGGGUGAAAUUGUGGAAACAGUUGCUCUUGCAUGAUUUUCGUAACAAAAUGCAUCAGCAAUUUUUAAUUGCUUAAAUUUGUUUAUUUAUAAUCUGUACAUAAAGUUGCCGA